AGAAUAUCAUUACCGCGAAAUGAAUAACCGAUGACUCAUUGAUAACAAUCAUUAUGUACAGAUUUUGUAUACAUUAACUCUCAUCGCUAGGUUUUUUUUUUUGGCCAUGUUCAGUUAUGACUAUACAUGUACAUCUUUAUCCAUGUGUGUUUGUAUAAUGCUGUGUUCAGUGAACUGUGUCUGCUCGCUGCUAUCCUGUAACGUGACUGGAUAUUGUGAAAACGAGAGUGUGUGUACUGUCCACUGGAAUUUAAAUAAUAUACUAAGCUAUGUAGACAUUUCCGACGAAAACCCCGGUCCCCCAAGAUGUGAUGACGUCAUAAGGCCUGCUAACAACAGCAUGUUUUAUUUUUGUUGGAUGGGACCAAAUGAUAUGUCGGUUUGGUGGUUGAAAGGUUACCGAGUCUUCCUUUCCGUGGGGGACAACCCGAGGGAAAUUCUGUCCUUGUUAAUCACAUUUCAAAACGACACCUGGCGGACAUCUAGUACAAAAGUCAAGAAGAGCUCGUCUGUCUGUAUGUUAUGUUCCUAUAAGAGGAGCGGUAGCUACAUGGCCAACGCUUACGUCUGGAGCCUGCCUACCAUCGCCGAAAAUGACGCAACCGCUUGCUCGGUUUCUAUGGAACUCAAUUCACAGGACUCGGAUAAAAUAUCCUCCACAAAUGGUACGAUGACGUCGCAUCGGAAAAGUGGAUAUUUUGCGGUAGUAUCAGUAUCCAUCCUAGUCGUUGGUUCGGGAACUCUCGGGGUCAUAGCAUUCAUCAUCACGAUAACAAAGAAAAAGAAGUCAGACUCGUCAUCGGGUUUUACCAGUUAUUUAAACGAGGACAAAUUUCAACUGAGAAAACGAAAUGAAUUUGAAGAGGAUCUCAUCAGCGAGUUGACCUCAGGGUCAAACGAUGACCUCAUCAGCGCAGUGACCUUGGGGUCAGGAAAUUUACCGGCUCCAAUCAGCGAAUGUGUUUCUGAAAAGAAAAAAACCUUAAAAAGUGAAGUACAAGAGCUUCUAGUUUUAAGUGAAAAUCGGAAAGAACAAAUUUUAAACGUGAAAUCUUGUUCCCGUUACGAUUGUAGACUGAGUGACACAAGUUUUUGAUGUUAAUAAAAUUAAAAGUAAGA